AUGGCUCUCGCUGUCGUCACCUCGGCGAGAAAACUCAGGCCUUACUAUCAAUCACAUACGAUCGAAAUACUCUCCAACCAGCCCCUCAGAACGGUGAUGCAAAACACAAACCAGUCAGGAAGAUUGACCAAGUGGACAAUGGAACUCAGCGAGCACGACAUUGUAUACAAGAACCGCACUAUAGCUAAGUCGCAGGUUCUCGCUGACUUCCUGAUCGAGUUAACGCCAGAACUCGAACAAGACCUAAUCUUACCAAGCAAGAAUUGGAUACUGCACGUAGAUGGUUCAUCUACCUUUGGCUUCGCUGCAUCAAACAACGAAGCCGAGUAUGAGUCUCUCAUCGCGGAGCUCCGUCUCGCUAAAGCAGUCAAAGCUAAGCGAAUCAGCGCAUACUGCGAUUCCCAACUCGUGGUAAGCCAAUACAUUGGUGACUACGACGUCAGGAAUGAUAGGAUGGAUGCUUACCUGAAAAUCGUCAAGGAUCUCACACGGGAUUUCGAGUUCUUCGAAAUCACGAAGGUUCCUCGCGGAGAAAACGUGUGCGUGGACGCCCUCGCAGCUCUUGGAAGCAAACUGCACGACCAAGUAAAGAGAACAAUCCCAAUACACAAGAUUGAGAAACCAAUCAUCAGCCAAAUAACCGAGCAGUUGGCUAUCGCAGGAUUAGUUACCGACACAAUGCAUGUCGACGAAGCAGAGCCUUGCGCAACAGAAAUUCAGCUCAGCGAUUGGCGAAAGGAGUUCAUCGCUUACUUAUCUGACGGCAAAUUCCCUACCGAGAAGUGGGAGGCUAGACGACUCAAGCGACGCAGCGCACAUUACGUCGUCAUGGACGGAUACCUCCAUUGA